AUUAACUCUAUGAUCAAAUUUUGUUUAAAUUUGAAAAAAAAAUUUUCAAGCUCUAUCCUACCUUAUAAUCCUAUGGGAUAUACAAAUAUAGAAAAGUAUCUUCAACAUCAUGACACGAUAUAAGAUAGAUUAAAAUGUAUGGAAAUAUAAGGAGAUUAAUUUAUUUUUGCAUUCAAUAGUUUAAUUUAGUCUAUUUAGGAUGAUGAUUUUAAUGAAUUUGUCAGAGAAGUUUGUGAUAUAAAGUUAGCAAAUUCCUUUAUUGAAGGACUCUAAAAAAUAGAAAACGAAGACUUAAAAAUUGAAAAAGUAGUAAAUGAUGAAAUAUAGGAAAAUAUUUACUUUACAGAUAUGAAUAUAUUUGUCAAUGUAAAUCGUAAUAUUUCUUUAUUUGAUCAUGUAAAAAUACUUGAAAAGAAUAGGAAAUUUUAUUAGAGAAAUCAAAAAAAUUUCCUAAAAUGAC